AUAUUCUCUUAAAUUGUUCCGCACAUUUCACGCCCUGACGGUGUUUACAGCUGCACGGACACUUACGGAAAGUGCGUAAAACGACAGUUGAGGUCGGUUGAUUUCUAACAGAUGAGCAGACAGUCACUGGGCGAAACAACUGGAGAAAUCAACGUGUCGAAAAUGGCGAAGCGGAGGAUCACGCAGGAAACCUUUGAUGCUGCUGUCAGGGAAAACAUGGAGGAGUUUGAGAUGGAUCCCGAGGAGGCUUUAAUGGAGGCUGUGGGGCAGUUUGAGUCUCAAGGUGUGGACCUCAGUUGUAUAGUAAAAGCUGUUCCAACGGUGUCAUCUGAAGACAAACAGGAGGAGAAAACACACAAAGUCUUGCAGGCGUUAGAUUCCCUCCGAACUGGAGGAGACACUGCCAGUGUCACGGCAGACUUAAAACGCUUCACUGAGCAAUGCUCACUUGGAUUUGCCCAGAGGUACCUAGCCGCUCAGAAAGACGCCUACCCUGUCGUCCUCUCUUACUGCAAAAAGAGUGUGGAGGACCAGGAAGCUGUGUUGACCGCCCUGUCUGCUCUGGCUGCACUGACAGAUGGACAGCCUGACCUGUUGGAUGCAGAGGGUCAACGGCUCCUUUUGGAUGUCCUCAAGAAGUACCAGGCAGACUCCUCAGUGACAUUAGUAGCUAUUCGCACUGUACGUCACUGCUGUUUGAAACAUGAACAGAACAGGCAGGAUUUAGUGAAAGGCAACAUCCUUCCUCUGCUGACUGAUGCUGCUACACGACAUGGUGGACGUGCGGAGCUGAUCAAAGAGGCCUGUGCGGCUCUCAGGGUCAUGACCUUUGACGAUGAUGUGCGAGUUACAUUUGGGCAUGCUCACGAGCACGCUAAGAUGAUAGUUCUGGAGCACAAAGGACUGAAGGUUUUAAUAGAGGCUGCAAAAGCUCAUCUUGGGGAUACUUCUGUUCUGAGUGAGCUGUGUAACACUCUGUCUCGUCUGGCUGUGAGGAACGAGUUCUGCCAAGACAUCUGUGAUCUGGGAGGGUUGAAACUCAUGAUGACGCUGCUUGCAGACAGCUACGAAUCACAGGAGUUGGUUCGGCAGGUCCUGAGUGCAAUACGAGCCGUGGCAGGAAAUGAUGAUGUGAAGGAUGCUGUUGUAAAUGCUGGUGGAGUCCAGUUUAUUGUAAUUGCCGUGAACAGACACAUGAGUAACUCGGCUGUGUGUGAGCAGGGCUGUGCAUGCCUGUCUGUCCUUGCUUUACGCAAACCAGACAACUGCAAAGUCAUCAUGGAGAAUGGAGGUGCCUUGGCAGCCGUGCAGGCCAUGAAAACACAUACUGAUUCAGUCAAUGUGCAGAAAUGGGCGUGUAUGUUGAUGAGAAACUUGGUUGCACGGAUGCAAAAUUACAGCCAACCAAUCCUGGAGAUGGGAGCAGAAGCACUGAUUGCUAAGGCGCUGCAGACCCAUCAAGAUUGUGGUGAUGUGGGUAAAGCAGCCCUCCGAGAUCUGGGAUGCCAGGUGGAGCUCCGGGAACUGUGGACCGGCAAACAUGGCAGCCUCACAAACUGAAGUAGAGAACAUCGCUGAAAAAUGUACAUCUAUAUCUUGAAUGGAACUUAAAGGCAGAGUUAGGCAAGAAGAAAUGUAAUGAUGUUGGAAUACAUAGCCCAAUGUUUGAGCAGAUGCAACGUCUUAGCUAGAGAUAUUUGUAAAACAAAACAAAACGUAGAUGUUAAGAAGACUUGUGAGAAAAUCAUCAGUCCCACACAGCCCCUUUGAAAGGUUGAAUAUACUUUCCAGUCCUUUGUUUUGUUUUUGAUCAGGACAAUAGGGUAACGUGAGUGCAGCGUACUUGUUUUGUUAGAUGUUAAUAUUUUGUUGAUGCUAUUUUUUAUUAUUGUGUUUUGGUAGUGUGCCAUGGGUAAAU